AUGGACCCCACCCUCUUACCAGCGACGGCGACGGCGCUGCCACAACAGCAUGCGGCUCCUCCCCGACGACUCCCCUUAUUGUCGUCGCGCAUGCAGUACCGCAGUCGUCCCGUCUCGGUAGCCGUUGAUCCCGUGUCCCUCGUCAUAUCCGAAUGCAUAGCCAUCACGUCGGCUAUCCAGAAAAAUGCCCGCUCACCGCACUCGUCCGUGUCGGCCAUCCUCGGCGGCAGCCCCAACCUCAUCCAGCUCGUGCCCCCGACACCGGGAAUGCGCCGUGACGGCAAGACCUCGUCUGCCAAUGCCAACGCGGACGGCCCUGGCGACCUUGCGGCCAACCGAUGGGGUCUGAGGGGCAAGAAGGGCAAGAGUAUGCAGGACAACCCGCUGAUAUCAGGCUUCGGAAGGCUGCGCCAAGAGUUGACUGGCGUUAGGGACAUUCACAAGUUCGACUCGCUCGUGCUGCUCUACCCCUUCCUGCAGAUCAUCCAGGCAAAGGGCACCGCAGCCCCUAUUACCGUUCUUGCCCUGCGAGCCACCCAAAAGUUCCUCGCCUAUGGCUUCAUCGCUCCCGCGUCCCCCCGAUUCGCACUGGCCAUGCAGUCCCUGUCUGCCGCUAUCACACACUGCCAGUUCGAUAUCAGCGACUCGGCCCAGGAGGAGGUUGUCCUGCUCAUGAUCCUCCACCUCAUGGAGCAUAUGCUAUCGGGGCCCGGCGGCGAUAUCCUUAGCGACGAGAGCGUCUGCGACAUGAUGGGACGGGGUCUGACAAUCUGCUCGCGGUCGAGGUUCUCCGAGGUUCUCCGAAGGACGGCAGAGGCGUCCAUGGUGCGCAUGUGCCAGAUCAUCUUUGAGGAUCUGAAGCACCUCGAAGUCGAAGCCGGCGAGGAGACCGAGGCCCUAGACAUACAGACCAGCGGCGACAUGGACAACAUCAAGAUGGACCCCGCGGCCGACGGCACCGACGUCCCUGCCAUGGUAGUUGUGACGGCUGUGACGGCUGUGCCAACUGAUGCGCUCCAGCCUCUCGCCAAGCCCAGGCAGUCGUCGAGCUCCGACAAGGCAAGAAGUAGCGCGGAGACCCAAGCCAGCGGAGAUACCGGCCGAAGCAGCACAAGCUCGGCCAGCGGCAGCUCCGAGUCUGUGGAUAUUCGCCCAUACUCUCUACCUUCUGUCCGUGAGCUCUUCCGCGUCCUAGUGAGCUUUCUCGACCCCAACGACCGCCGGCACCCCGACCAGAUGAGGGUCAUGGCCCUGCGCAUCAUUCAUGUGGCCUUUGAAGUCGCAGGACCGUCAAUUGCUCGGCAUCCCGCACUUGCUGCCAUUGCUGAGGACCAGCUGUGCUGCCACCUUUUCCAGCUCGUGAGAUCUGAUAACAUGGCCGUGCUACAAGAAGCCCUGAUAGUUGCUAGCACCCUGCUGUCCACUUGCAGGGGAGUCCUCAAGCUCCAGCAAGAACUCUAUCUCUCAUAUCUAGUUGCCUGUCUUCACCCCGCUGUCGAGAUUCCUCGGGAGCCCGGAAUAGACCCGAGCCUUUAUUCUGGAAUCCCGCAGGCCCCCAAGCUUGUGAAGCCGCCGCCAUCGCAAGCCAGCAGCGGCCGCUCUACGCCCGUACCUGUCAAAGAUCGUCAAAAGCUUGGCAUGGAGGGCGGGGCGCGCAAACCCGAUGCGCGGCAGGCAAUGGUCGAAAAUAUUGGUGUUCUCGCUCGGAUGCCCACCUUCAUGGUUGACCUGUUUGUCAAUUACGACUGCGACGAGAACCGCACUGAUCUUUGCGAGGAUAUGAUUGGUCUGCUUUCGAGAAACGCCUUGCCAGACUCCGCGACCUGGAGCACGACGAGCGUUCCGCCCUUGUGUCUCGACGCGCUUCUGCGUUUCAUACAGUUCAUUGCUGAGAGGCUGGACAACCCCCCCGACACAGAGGGAUACCCCGAUCCGCAGACGCUCAGGGAAAAGCGACGCAGGAAAAAGCUCAUCAUCAAAGGCGCCAGCAAGUUUAACGAGAACCCAAAGGGAGGUCUAGCAUAUCUGCAGGACAAGGGCGUAAUCGCUGAUACUAGCGAUCCGCUAUGUGUUGCCAAAUUUCUCAAGGGCACCUCAAGGAUUAACAAGAAGGUGCUGGGAGACUUCCUGUCAAAGAAAGGCCAUGAGCCCGUCCUGAAUGCUUUCAUGGAUCUGCUCGAGUUCACCGACAAGCGAGUGGACGAGGCCCUACGAGUCCUCUUGGAAACAUUCCGCCUGCCUGGCGAGUCGCCUUUGAUUGAGCGGAUCGUGAGCUGCUUUUCGGAAAAAUACUGCGCAAGCUCCACCCCUGAAGGCGUGGCUAAUAAUGAGGCCGUCUUCAUUCUCACAUACGCGAUUCUGAUGCUGAAUACGGACCAGCACAAUCCAAACUUCAAAGGCCAAGCCCGCAUGAGCUAUGCAGACUUUGCCCGCAAUCUGCGCGGCCAGAAUGGCGGCAAAGACUUCUCUGCUGAGUAUCUGCAGGACAUUUAUGACGCGAUAAAAUCUAAUGAAAUCAUUCUUCCUGACGAGCACGACAACAAGCACGCUUUUGAUUACGCUUGGAAAGAGCUUCUCUUGAAGACGGAGUCGGCAGGACCCUUGAUCCUCUGCGACACAAACAUUUACGACGCCGACAUGUUUGCGACGAGCUGGAACCCCAUCGUCUCUUGCUUGUUCUUCGUCUUCAUGUCGGCGACUGAUGACACGGUCUAUGCGCGGGUCAUCACGGGCUUUGACGAAUGCGCGCGGAUUGCCACCAAGUACGGCAAUUCCGAGGCCUUGGAUGAGAUCAUCUAUCGUCUGAGCUACAUUUCGACGCUGAGCACUGCCACCCUGUCCAACACGUCUCUCAACACCGAGGUUCAGGUUGGGGAAAACAGCGUCAUGGUAAGCGAGCUGGCCGUCAAGUUUGGAAGAGAUGUCCGGCCUCAGUUGGCUACUUUGGUUCUGUUUCGCGUGGUGACGGGAUCUGAACAUGCUAUUCAAAAGAGCUGGAAACACAUCAUCCGUAUAUGGCUCAACCUCUUUGUAAAUUCUUUGAUACCGCCAUUCUUCUCAACCGAGCCCGACCGUAUUUCGCUCCCGCCAAUUCCGCUUCAAAACCCCUCGCAAAUAAUAGACAGAGGCCCAAAACAGAGCGAUUCUGGGUUCUUCUCGGCGUUCACGUCUUAUAUUUCUAGCUACGCAGCUGACGAUCCUCCCGAGCCGUCGGAUGAGGAGUUGGAGAGCACCUUAUGUACCGUGGACUGUGUUAACCAAUGUCAUAUGGGUGAUGUUUUUGCCAAUGUUUCUCAUAGCCUCGAGGCCUUGGUAGACACACUGUUGGAAGAGAUACCGGAUGAUAACGGCUCGACAGCGGUUAUCACAGUCAAGUCGGAGGGCCCAGCCUCGACGGCUCCCAAUGGCCAGAAUGCUCGGCAGAGCAACACCAUAUACGAUCCUGCAUUGGUCUACAUCUUGGAGUUUUGCACUGUCUUGGCGCUCCGUGACCAAACCACGGUUGAGAUUCUCGGGAAACGAGUCGUCGAAGCCAUUCAAGCCGUCUUGAGGGACGUGGCGCGGUACCACACGAUCCUUAUCGAAAGGGCGACCUUUUAUCUAUUUACCUUGCUCCAAGCCAGCUAUGACUUUGAUUACAUCAGGGUUCCCAUUCUUCUCCACACGGUAUCGAGUUUCUUAAAAGAGGUUCUGGUAAAGACGUCAGGCCUCGUGCUUCGAGGGCUUAAGUUAUGUAUCGAGAAGCCUUGCUCUUUGAGGAAUGAGAUCAUGACGUCGCCCGAUUUCUGGGUCAUCCUCCAGACUCUCGCCACCAACCCCGAAUCCGCGCCUGGCGUGUUCGAUAUUUUAGAAAGCGGAGUCUCGGGGUCGCCCUCGGCCAUCAUGGCGGACAACUACGAAUCCGCUCUUGCUUUACUGAACAAGUUUGCUUCCAUGGCUAGCGCUGAGGCUGUUGUAGAACAGAAGCCAGACAGGAAGCAAGGACGAAAGCCUCCGCCUCGCCCAAUAAAGCAGGAGAAGGCAAGUGAAAAUGCGGCGGUAGCUCGGGGCAUGAGAGCUAUCGACAACAUAUAUCGGUUGACAUCCCGAAUCCCCCAUUUAAUGAAGCAGUCGCAUCUCGAAAGCAGCGAAGCGUGGUCGGCCUACUGGCUGCCGAUAUUCCAGGCCCUGACAACACAGUGCACCAACCCCUGUCGCGAAGUACGCCAUCUCGCAUUCGCGUCCCUCCAGAGGUCACUCCUGUCUCCGGAACUGACUUCGAGCGACCACGAAGAGUGGACUGCGAUUUUCGGCGAGGUGUUGUUCCCACUGAUUCUGAAGCUGCUGAAGCCCGAGGUCUUUUCAUCUGACCGAGACGGCAUGAGUGAAACCAGGGUGCAAGCGGCUUCGCUUUUAUGCAAGGUGUUUUUGCAAUACUUGGUGAUCCUGUCUAAGUGGGACGGCAUGCUUGACUUGUGGCUGAAGAUAAUUGAGAUCAUGGAUCGGCUCAUGAACAGCGGCCAGGGAGACAGUCUCGAGGAGGCGGUGCCCGAGAAUCUGAAGAAUGUGCUGCUUAUCAUGUCUAGCAACAGCUAUCUGGUCCCGCCCAGCAAGAACCCGGCGCGAGAAGAGCUGUGGAACGAGACGUGGAAGAGGAUCGACCGGUUUCUCCCAGACCUGAAGAACGACCUUGCUCUCGAGGAGCCUGAGCCCGUUACCAAGGGCGUGGCCAUUGCCCCGCCGGCCGAGCCGGAAGUAGAGGCACCGGGCGCCCAGGCACAAGACUUGUAA